CAAAAGAGCAUCACAAAAUACCAAAAAGGUGUUGCCACAGUUAUCGAAGCGGAGAUUGAUGAGUGGACUAAAGAAGUGAUUAAAACAACCAAAGAUCCUGCAUCUGCUUUUUCCGCAGAUGAUGAUAAUGAAUCACAAAAUCCAUCACUUAUUGAGAGUGACUUAAUAGAAUUUGAAAAAAUAACAGAUAAGUCAUGUUUAAAACCUCUUGAAAUACUUUCAACAGAGAAUCUCAAGACUCAUGCUAUUCUUUCUCUACAUCCUCGCCAUUUUGGAAAAACAUUAUUCCUCUCUACCUUGUCCUCAUAUUAUAAUAUAAAAAACAGAGAUCGAUUUGAACAAUUGUUUGGCGAUUUAUACAUUGGAAAAAAUCCCACACUAUUAGCAUCGUCAUUUCUUGUUUUUGAACUCAAUUUUUCUGGACUCCGUACCAAUACAACAUAUAAUAUCUUUGAUGAGGAUCUUUACCAAAGUUUGAAUAUAUUUAUAUUGGAGUUCAUGUAUCAAUAUCAACAGGAGUUGGAACAACAUUUUCAAAUUUAUGAUGAAAAUACAAAUGCUUUGGCAAAUUUUUCGAACUUAUUGAAGGCAGUGCGGUUGAAUGAGUACAAGCUCUACGUUUUCAUUGAUGAAUAUGAUGCGAGUAUAAAUGAAACUUUUAAAAAUGAAACCAUUUUCCAAGAUCUUACUAAUCACAAAAAGGAAGACAACUCCAUGGGUAAAUCAAUAUUUACUGAAGCGAUCAGACAAUUUUCUCUUGAAUCUAAAAAUGCUCUUACCUAUCAACCAAACGGUUUAUGUUUCAGUUUUCGGAUUCUGAAUAAUAUUUCAAAAAGAGAAUUCAUAGUAGAAGCUCUCAAAAUUCAUGAAUGGAAAGAUGAUGAUUUAACACCUGUUCAACAAUGUUUACAGAUUUUGGAGGGAAACAAUGAUAUCGAUCUAUUAUAUCGAUUUGUUGAAGAAUUAUUACUUAAACCCUUGAAAAACAAUAGUAUUGUACACUCCAAUGAGGAAGUAUUAAAGCAAACAUUUUUAGAUACUUUGAUUCUAACUUUACAUGCUAACAUUGAACCAGAGUUUCAAUUUGACAAUAUUAAAAUGGAAUGUAUAAAGUUAGAUAGAAUUUAUAAUAGUUGGCAAGGGGCUACUCGAAUCUCACUUUCAUUAAUGAAAAAAUCUGAGGACGAAAUUUUAAAUCUUGAAAUCAGUGAUUAUUACCGAUCAAAUCAAAAAACAGUCUGUGAAGUUUUGGAUUCAAAGAUUAGAAAGAAAUGUAAUGAUUAUUUAGAACCAUUAAAAAAUCGAUAA